AAAUGGCGACUGGAAAGAUGCCUCGAAAUGCACUUUCAUUGAAACAGUUCUUUCUCAGAAGACAAGUUUUAAGCCUAUACCGAGAAAUUUUACGAACCUUGCGAGAAGUUCCUAAUGAAGAUCACAGAAAAGAACUCGGCGAUUGGGCAAGAUCGGAGUUUAAGAAAAACAAAAUUGAAAAGGACGAGAUUGUAAUCAAGAUGAUGUUGUCCCAGGGUCGACUCACACUGAGGGAAAUUUCCUCUGCUAUUCACCUAGCAAAAUAAGCUCUGCGAAAAACCUGUGUCUCAACUGUGAAAGGCUGUUGAUGGUGAGUCCUUGACUCCAGUUACUGGUUUAUGCAAACAAAUGGAACAUUGUGCAACAUGCUGAAUUAUCAAGAGUGGUGAGAAAAUAGAUUUUUUUCGGAUGAGUUCACCAAAAGCAUUUGGAAAGUUAAGCCAAGUCUGUAUUGUGGUUAUUAGUCAGGAUGGACAAGAUUCAAGGAGAUUCAAUGCAGGGAACACAACAAACUUUUGUUACCACGAGCGAGUCCCACACAAGAUACUCAUGUACAUGAAUGCAUGUAUAAAAACUACAUGUAAACUACAACAAUCUGAUUCCAAGUCAAAAUCCAAGUCGUUAUUCAUAGCAUCUCCUCUUGUUCUAGCAUUUUAAUUGAGAACUAUUCUUGAGUCAGCAUUACUA